AAGGGGCAGAAGGGACGCGCUUGGAUGAGGAGAGAAAGGGGGGGCGGCGGGGCAAGAUGGCGGCGCACCUGUCCUACGGACGAGUGAACCUGAACGUGCUGCGCGAGGCGGUGCGUCGCGAGCUGCGCGAAUUCCUGGACAAGUGCGCGGGAAGCAAGGCAAUAGUUUGGGAUGAGUACCUCACAGGACCAUUUGGCCUCAUUGCACAGUAUUCACUACUGAAGGAACAUGAAGUGGAAAAAAUGUUCACCCUUAAAGGAAGUCGUUUGCCUGCAGCCGAUGUCAAGAAUAUUAUUUUUUUUGUGAGACCCAGGCUAGAAUUGAUGGAUAUAAUUGCUGAAAAUGUGCUCAGUGAAGACAGACGUGGCCCAGCAAGAGAUUUCCACAUUUUGUUUGUGCCACGACGUAGCUUAUUGUGUGAACAGCGGCUGAAGGAUCUGGGUGUUUUGGGCUCCUUUAUUCACAGGGAGGAGUAUAGCUUGGAUCUCAUUCCCUUUGACGGGGAUCUCUUAUCCAUGGAAUCAGAGGGAGCCUUCAAAGAGUGCUACCUGGAGAGCGACCAGACCAGCCUCUACCACGCGGCCAAGGGGCUGAUGACCCUGCAGGCUCUGUACGGGACCAUCCCCCAGAUCUUCGGGAAAGGAGAGUGCGCCCGGCAAGUGGCCAAUAUGAUGAUCAGGAUGAAGAGAGAGUUCACAGGAAGCCAGAACUCCGUAUUUCCUGUUUUUGAUAAUCUCUUACUGCUCGAUCGAAAUGUGGACUUGUUAACACCCCUUGCCACUCAGCUUACAUAUGAAGGACUCAUUGAUGAAAUUUAUGGUAUUCAGAACAGUUACGUGAAGUUACCUCCAGAGAAAUUCGCGCCCAGGAAACAGGGCGAUGGCGGUAAGGAUCUUCCCACGGAAGCCAAGAAGCUUCAGCUGAACUCUGCGGAGGAGCUGUACGCCGAGAUCCGAGACAAGAACUUCAACGCCGUGGGCUCCGUGCUUAGCAAGAAAGCCAAGGUGAUCUCGGCUGCGUUUGAGGAGAGGCACAACGCCAAGACGGUGGGGGAGAUCAAGCAGUUCGUCUCCCAGCUGCCCCACAUGCAGGCCGCCAGAGGCUCGCUGGCGAACCACACCUCAAUCGCAGAGCUGAUCAAAGAUGUCACUACUUCUGAAGACUUCUUUGAUAAGUUGACAGUGGAGCAGGAGUUUAUGUCUGGAAUAGACACCGAUAAGGUCAAUGGUUACAUUGAGGACUGUAUUGCCCAGAAGCAUUCACUGAUCAAGGUGUUAAGACUUGUUUGCCUCCAGUCGGUGUGCAAUAGUGGACUCAAACAAAAGGUUCUGGAUUAUUACAAAAGAGAAAUUCUCCAGACAUACGGCUAUGAGCACAUUUUGACCUUACACAACCUGGAGAAGGCUGGCCUACUGAAACCGCAGUUGGGGGGCAGGAACAAUUACCCGACAAUCCGGAAAACCCUACGCCUCUGGAUGGAUGAUGUCAAUGAACAAUCCCUAGAGAUGCUCUGCAUGGCUUUUCAAAAUAAUCCCACCGACAUAUCCUACGUGUACAGUGGCUACGCCCCUCUCAGUGUGCGUCUGGCCCAGCUGCUUUCCCGGCCUGGCUGGCGGAGUAUUGAGGAAGUUCUGCGCAUCCUCCCAGGGCCCCACUUUGAAGAACGGCAGCCAUUGCCCACGGGACUGCAAAAGAAACGUCAACCGGGGGAAAACCGAGUCACCCUGAUAUUUUUCCUCGGGGGUGUGACCUUUGCCGAAGUCGCUGCCCUGCGCUUUCUCUCCCAGUUGGAAGAUGGAGGCACAGAAUACGUCAUUGCCACCACUAAACUAAUGAACGGGGCCACAUGGAUAGAGUCUCUGAUGGAAAAGCCUGUGUAGGGCGCUCAGAGCGGAUUGGACAAGCAAACUGCAGCAUAAACUGCCCCUUUGAGGAAGUUGCUGGAGGGAAGGACAGCCCUACAGAGGAAUAACAACCCAGGAACACAAAACUGACUUUGGGGUCAGCCUCUUGAAUUUUGCUGUUUUCUCCCUUCUGUUUCUCUUUUGUGUUCCUGACUUCUUGAAGAAAGAAGACAACCUAAAGACAUACCAUUUUUUUGUGGUCUCAGCUCAGUGUCUUCAUUAGAGACGCGUGGAAGUAUAUUAAGAAGGUGGGUAUGGAUAAUCUACGCAGCCGCACAAAUGGGACCAAGCAGGUAAAAAUAACAAUAAAAGUGGAAAGUGUUGUUAAGUG